AUGGUAGAUCCAGGACAGUGCAUGACUCGGAAACUCCUCGACCUGAUGCAGGAGACAGGGUACCCGUUAGUUCAACAUAAUGGACAGAGGAGGUUUGGCCCGCCACCAAACUGGGUUGGUCCCAUACCACAAAAAGGAUGCGAAGUUUUUAUCGGGAAACUACCAAGAGAAAUCUUCGAAGAUGAAUUGGUACCUAUUUUUUCUAAAAUUGGUAAAAUAUAUGAGAUGCGUCUGAUGAUGGAUUUCUCAGGGUCCAACAGAGGGUACGCGUUUGUUACGUAUACUUCGAGGGCUGAUGCCUACAGGGCUGUUAAGGAACUGAAUGGGUAUGAGAUUAGACCACGGCGUCACAUCGGAGUCGUUAAAUCUGUUGACAACUGCCGUCUUUUCGUCGGCAAUAUUCCGAAGACGAAGACCAAAGAGGAAGUUCUUGAAGAACUUUCAAAGCGUGUGGCGGGCAUUGUCGACGUUAUCCUAUACAAAAAUUGUUACGAUAAGCGUCUGAACCGAGGCUUCGCAUUCGUGGAGUUUACUUCACAUAGGGCCGCAGCGAUGGCGCGACGGGAGCUUGUACCUGGCUGUGUGAAGAUCUGGGACCAAGAAGUCAUGGUUGACUGGGCUGAACCUGAACCUGAUAUUGACGAUGAGCAAAUGAAUAAUGUAAAGGUGCUCUAUGUAAGAAACUUUCAAAUUAAGACUACACCAGAAACUAUCCAGGCUGUUUUUGAAGCUGCAAUCAAUACUCAAGUUGAAAGAGUUAAAAAAAUCUAUGACUAUGCCUUCAUCCACUUCUAUCAACGGCAGCAUGCAGAAAUAGCAAUGUUUAAACUGCAAAAUACAGAGAUAGAUGGAAGUAUUGUUGAAAUCAGAUGGGCAAAACCAGUUGUUCGUGAAAUAUACAGGAUACAGAAAAUGAACAGGGGCAAUGCUAAGUUCAACAAUAGCUUUAACUUGUCCCAAACAUUAUUGCUCUAUAAACAACAGUUAGAAAAGAAAGAAUAUAUCAGUUCUACCAAAGAUGAUGAAGGCAUUGGUUCACCUUGUGCAGGGGAGUCUACAUGUGGGUCAUCAUCUAAUGGGUGCUCUCCCAGAUAUGCAAAUAGUGCUAAGGAACAGUAUUCAUUGGCUCCAGCUAAGCUUGACUCAAUGUGUAAAAGGUACAUGUGGGCUCCACCUGUGUAUAGCUACCAAAAGUACACAGAUGUUACGGGCACAGAGGUUUGGAUAGGAAGAGUGGAACUACCCCAUGUUGGCACCCCUCUGUUGAGUGUACCUCGUCAUUUGGGGCCUUUAACGACAAGGCCUUGUAUUUCUAUGCAACAGGCACAUGUGGAAGCUGCUGAGUAUGCAUUGCAAAUUAUAAAGACACUUAAAGCAGAAUUCAUUCAGCAGUCUAUGCCGCCACCGCCUGCACCACCAGCUCCUCUCCAGCCAGUGUACCCCACCAUCUUGUCUCCAAUGCCAAGCUGUGUUAACAUACCUUAUGACUACAUGAGUGCACAACAGAUCUACCAGCAAAGACAACCAGUCCUUCCAUGUUCCAUGCCCCUAUGGAGAACCAUGUGA